AUGCCGAAGAACAAGGGAAAGGGAGGGAAGAACAGGAAGAGGGGGAAGAACGAGGCGGAUGACGAGAAGCGGGAGCUAGUUUUCAAGGAGGAUGGACAGGAAUACGCCCAGGUGUUGCGUAUGUUGGGCAACGGUAGAUGUGAAGCCACGUGCAUCGACGGCACUAAGCGUCUCUGCCAUAUCCGUGGAAAGAUGCACAAGAAGGUCUGGAUUGCUGCCGGUGAUAUUAUUCUCGUUGGCCUCCGUGAUUAUCAGGAUGAUAAGGCUGAUGUAAUCCUGAAGUACAUGCCGGAUGAAGCUCGGUUGCUGAAGGCCUAUGGUGAGCUGCCAGAGAACACUAGACUUAAUGAGGGUAUUGCUGGUGGACUUGAUGAGGAGGACGAUGGAGCAGGUGAUGAUUACAUUGAGUUUGAGGAUGAGGACAUUGACAAAAUCUAG